CUGGUUACUCCUCUGGCAAGGUCUGACAUUUUAAAGUUUAUGGACGAGUGCACCACUCACUGCAAAAAGAGUCACACUAAGAUGGGCAACGUCAAUGACGUCGAGAACGCUGCCACUGGAACCAGGCACACCUCGGAGGACAUUGUCGUCACCUCGGUAUUUUAA